AAUAAUGAUCAGAACUUCACUGAGGUAAACUGCGUCUGUUCUUUUUACUAUUACAGCAGUUCAUCGUGGCCCUGUGGUUCGCCUCCUUCACCAAAGCUCUGUCAGGGACCUACAUGAAGAGUGCCAUCACUCAGAGAGACACUUUGACCUUUCCAGCUCUCUCAUCGGACUCAUAGACUGCAGCUUUGAGAUGGGUAACCUGCUGUUCCUGGCUGUGGUCAGCCAUUUUGGGGCGAAGCUGCACCGGCCCAGGCUCAUUGCUAUGGACUGUUUCCUCAUGGCUGUAGGAUCCUUCCUCACAGGCCUGCCACACUUCUUCAUGGGACGUUGGACCCAGGUGCAGAGAAGAGACCAGAAGAUGAAGCAGUGGUUCCAACCAGUGUCUCCACCCCUCAAGGGCCCACUUAACUGCCAAGAGCUCCCGGUUGCCUACAUCGUAGUUGCCUUCCGCUGGCGAGAACCGCUUGGAGAGAAAGGCGCAUGGGUGCAGUUUCUUGUCCUCCUCGUUCCACUAUGAAAGGACCGCCCCAGCUCCAGUGUCCGAGGCGUCCACCUCUACUCCCUGUUCACCCACGACUGCGUGGCCAUGCACGCCUCCAACUCAAUCAUCAAG